AUGACACAUAAACUGGGCAGUUUACUAUUAUUUUUGUUUGUGAUUCUAUCAUUCGUUACCGCUCAGUUUGAUAAUGGGUCUGAAAGAAAUAGAGGUUUAUUGAGCUUAGGGCCACCAGGCCCAGACCAAGGGAGGUUUGGACAAGGUGGAUUUGGUCGAGGUCGAUUUAAUCAAGGUGGAUUCAAUCAGGGCAGAUUUAACCAAGGUCGAUUCAAUCAAGGUGGAUUUGGACCGGGAGGAUUUAAUCAAGGCGGGCCUAGACCGGGUGGAUUCAACCAAGGCGAAUUUGGACCGGGUGGAUUCAAUCAAGGUGGAUUUAGACCGGGUGGAUUCAAUCAAGGCGGAUUUGGACCAGGUGGAUUCAAUCAAGGUGGAUUUGGACCAGGUGGAUUGGGGCAAGGUUUAGGUGCUACUAGAGAAUAA